UGAUUUAGGGCCGCAGCAGGUUUAUUGUGGGGCCUGUGGAUGUUCCUGUGGGACGCACGCCCUUCCCCCUCCUCGGGCCCCAGAGAUGAGAUGAGGCUCGCGCCAGGAAUGCGCUGUGACGUCACGGCGCUCUGGAUCUCACCCUUUUGGGGGAAUCAUUUUGUUGGGCUUGCGUCUGCCUGUGUUAAAGUUUCCCGCAGCCGUGUAGCGUCUGUUUGAUUCGCAGCGCACGGGUAAAGCGGGUUUUCGGAUGACCUUCUUCUGCAUGGAUUGUUUGCGAAAACUUCGUAGCCGAGAGAAACGCACAGGACGCCCUGAUACUGCUGUGCUGCGCGCCGCUCCGAUCAUUCAUCAAGACUUCACAAAAACCGCAAGAUGCCAUUUUAUGACAACGUUUACUACCCGUACCCGUCAGAUCCCCCGGGAGCCCAUUCCUCAGCAGGAAUCCCGUCUCUGUUGAGCUCUCCGCAGAGUCAGCCCUCAUCCGGCAGCCUGAGCAGACCGGCCGCAUCCACCAUGUCCGGACCGCUUACGUCCUCCGGAGCCGCCACCAGCACCGGCAUCCCUACGCCCUUCAAGUUCCGAGCCCGGCGUGAGAAUGUGGACUGGCGUCGGAUCAGUGCCGUCGAGGUGGACCGGGUGGCUUCCGAAUUGGACUUCCACACCCUACAGGAGCACAUCACGGAGGUGACGUUCUGCGACGUGGAGGGCGAGCGCUGCCACCGCUGUCAGAGCCCCGUGGACCCGGCCCUGAUUAAGCUCUUCCGGCUGGCCCAGCUAACCGUGGAGUACCUGCUGCAUUCCCAGGAUUGCCUCAGCAUCAGCCUGCAGGCGGCCGAGGAGAGGCUGCAGGCGCAGACACGGGAAAGGGAGGAGCUCUGCAUCCAGCUGCAGAAAAAAACCCAGGAUGCCAAGACGUUAAAGGAGGAGCUGAAGCAGAGGAAGAAGAUCAUAGCCUCUCAGCAAGCCAUGUUCAGCACGGGGAUCAGUGCCAAUUACCACAAGUGCCAACACUGUGAGAAAGCCUUCAUGAAUGCCUCUUUCCUGCAAAGUCACAUGCAGCGCAGACAUCCUACGGAGUUUGACAUCAAACUGAUGACGACAGAUAAUCAGAAAAAAAUUCAGACCAUGAAGUUACAAGAGGAGAUCAACAAACUACAAGAGCAGCUGACCCUGGUCACAUCCCAAAUGGAGACACAGCAGAAAGACUACACUGCUAAACAGGAGAAAGAGCUCAUUCAAAGGCAGGAAGAGUUUAAGAGACAACUGGAAAUAUGGAAAGAAGAAGAGAAAAUGCGAAUGAACGGCAAAAUAGAUGAAGUCAAGCAAGCCCGUCAGCGGGACAUGGAUUCAAUGCAUCAAAAGAACAGAAACCUAGAAAAUGAGCUGCUAAAAUUACAGCAGAAAAAUAUGCAGCUGGUACAGCCACAGCCCAGUACAUCAGCCAGCAAUGAACACUGGCAGGAAGUUGUUAAACUUCAACAAAAACUCCAUAAACAAGAAGUGAAGUGGGCAGGGAAAAUGCAAAAAAUGACGGAGGAACAUGACAGUGAAAAAAGUCUGCUUCAGGAGGAGCUGUUCAAACUGCGCUCGGCCGUGUCUGAAGGGAGGGAGGAAUCACGACGACAGGUGCAGGAGCUGAGCCACAGGCUGCAGGAGCAGCAGCAGAUUAUUGCCUCCCAAAACAAGCAGAUGAAACAGAUCUUGUCAAAGCCACCAGCAAUAACAGUGCAGCGUGAAGUGCUUGCUGCCCCGGCUCCAGAGACUAAAGCUAAAGUGGUGCUCAGUGAUUCCACUAGCAUAUCUGAAAGUCACACAGAGAGCCGGUCGUGGCAGCAGGAAGUGCAAGAGCUGUUGAAGAACCCGGGUUUGAGGAGAGACAUGCGUCUGGCAGCUCAGCAGAACCUUGAAGAUAGGCUGCAGAGCCUAGGCAUCAAGGGAGUCAGUGGUCUCUCUAAAGGACUAUAUAAGAACACCAUGACCCAGGUUAUCACUGAUCGUCAGAAGAGACAGGAAGAGGAUCCAGUGUAUCGGAGGGCUCUGAAAGAGAUCAGCCAUAAACUGGAGCAGAGAGUAAAGGAGAGGAACAUGGAGCAGCCAGCCAAACUUAAACAACAUGAACAAGUGAUUCAGUCCAGACCCAGAUCCAGCAGUUUUCCAUCUACAGUAACUCGAGUGGUGUCGGGCCCUGCUCCUAAACAGCAGCACACCCCACAACCAACUCCACGCAGCAGAACCAGCACCCUGCCCAAGACCUCCACACCGCUACAGCAUCACAGAACUCCUCCAUUCAGCUCUGAUGAAGAAUCAUCUGAGGAAGAGGAAUCGUCUGAAGAAGAAUCCCCUCAAACACAGAAGAAAUCUGCCCUGGUCAACAGCACCACAGUCAAAGCCCAGACUGCUAAAACACAGCAGCGCUCGACCCCUCCCGCUCUUGCCGUGCGCUCCGCUGCUCCUGUGAUCAGUGCGGACAGAACGGACGUUACGGCUCUGAGCGAGAGCGACAGCGAGUGGACCGACGGCAGCGAGAUGCAGGAGCUCAACCUCUCAAAGCUGCACAAACACACUGACCAGAAUGGAAACGUGGAGAAGAUUACUCACAGUAAAGUCAAAGCUCUUGGCAAAAGCCUUGAAAAACAGCUGGAAGCACGAGGCCCAAAGAAACCAGCAGGGGGCGUUAAUACAUUGCUUGAAAAGCCAACAGCUGUCAAAACUAUAAAGCAAGACGCAAAGAAAGAGCUAGAGUACACAGAUGAAGAUGAUGACGAUGAUGACUGGGAUAUCUCCUCUCUGGAGGAUGUGCCCGCUGUAACCAAACCCAGCCAAUGUCCCGUACCCGUCAAGAAGAGCUUGGACAAGAGUCUGGACACCAGCACGAGUGUGUGGGGCUCAUCGACGGGCAAAGGACAGAAGCCAAGCCUCACAGAUGCAGGAACCGGCAGCACUCUCAAGAGCAGUUUAGUGAGCGUCAGCGACUGGGAUGAUUCAGAUGAGAUAUAAUAAAAUGCAGCAGAGCAAUACCAAAGUUAAUCAAGUUAAUAUACCUUAUAUCCAGUAUCUGUUGUAGCUCAGGCUUAGUGAUUAUUCAGGGACAGCGGUGCAAAAACAGUUUAAUAUUAACAGUGUUAAAGGUACUUUAUAUGAAAUAUAAAGGUACAAGUACACCUAAUACUAAGGAACAGCCAAGGGAUGUUGCACUUUAAAAUGAUUGCCUCCUAUUUUUUGAUAGUUUAUGUAACGU